CAUCAUUCCAGUGGCGACGUGCCAAUGAGAUGGUUGAUAUAGUAUUUCUACAGACGAUACUACAGUUUGAUAAAUAUUAUUUUAUAUAAAAAAAUUUAUUUAUUUUAUAAUUAAUUUAUUUAACGGUGAAAGUAUUUAUUGUUGGUUUAUUGAAUUACAAAUCGGUGGAGAUAAAUGAUAUAUUUUACGCUGAUAAAAAAUUCAUCAAUGAAUAUUAACUACACUUGAUGACUAACAGUUGUGUUAGAAGCCUCAAUAGCUUUAUUAUAUUUUAAUCAAUUAGAUAAUUGAUUCAUUACUUCGGCAUCUUCUGAAAUUAUUCAAAGAGAGAAUUGAUUCAUAUCUAAAUUAGACUAUAAAGUAACAGAAAAUAUGAGUGGCGGUACAAAACUAAAGUAUGGUCUCAGUGUUUUUGACAAUCUACUUGCCAGUGAUGAAAGAUUCAAUAACAAUGAAAGAGGUGAACAAGACUUUGUCAGUUGGGUAGAUGGGGCCCGUAUUCCUUAUAAACGAGAACUUGGUCACAGAAUUUUCGUCAAUCGAAGUCUCCACUUGGAGAAUAUUAAAUUCUAUGGAUUUGAUAUGGAUUAUACUUUAGCAGAAUAUAAAUCACCCCAAUAUGAACAAUUGGGUUUUGAUUUACUCAAAGAACGUUUAAUUUCAUUGGGUUAUCCACAAGAGAUACGUGCAUUUGAAUAUGAUCCGAGUUUUCCAGUUCGAGGAUUAUGGUUUGAUACACUCUACGGCAAUCUUUUGAAAGUUGACGCUUAUGGAAAUAUUCUUGUUUGUGUUCAUGGUUUCGAGUUUCUCAAACACUCUCAAGUAUACGAAUUAUAUCCAAAUAAAUUUCUUCAACUCGACGAAUCACGUGUCUACGUUUUAAAUACGUUAUUUAAUUUACCAGAAACUUAUUUACUGGCAUGUUUGAUAGACUUUUUUACAAAUUCACCUCAAUUUUCACGUGAAAAAACCGGUGUAAAAGAAGGUGAACUUACAAUGAGUUUUAAGAGUAUUUUUCAAGAUGUAAGAAAUGCUGUUGAUUGGAUUCACAUUCAAGGUGAUCUUAAGUCAAAAACAAUUGAAAAUCUUGAUGAAUACGUUAAGAAAGACGAAAGAUUGCCAAUGUUUUUAACUAGGAUACGUGAAAGUGGGGCUAAAGUUUUUCUGCUGACUAAUAGUGACUAUAAUUUCACCAAUAAAAUUAUGACCUAUCUAUUUGACUUCCCGCACGGUGCUAGGCCUCAUGAACCGCAUAGAGAUUGGAAAACUUAUUUUGAUACCAUUGUAGUUGACGCAAAUAAACCAUUAUUUUUCGGUGAAGGCACUAUUUUACGUCAAGUUAAUACAAAAACAGGCGCGUUAAAGUUGGGAACACAUAAAGGACCACUUCAUACAGGUGAAGUUUAUUCUGGUGGAUCGUGUGAUGUUUUUACUGAGAUGAUUGGAGCUAAAGGAAAAGAUGUUCUUUACAUCGGAGAUCAUAUUUUUGGUGAUAUUUUAAAAAGUAAAAAAAUACGUGGCUGGAGAACUUUUCUUAUUGUUCCUGAAUUAGUUCAAGAGCUACACGUUUGGACAGACAAAUGUCAAUUAUUCGCUGAAUUACAAAAUCUUGAUGUUAUGCUUGGAGAAAUGUACAAAAAUUUAGACAGUAGUACUAACGAAAAGCCUGAUAUAUCGAAACUACGGGCUUCUAUUAGAGACGUAACACAUAAAAUGGAUUUGGCAUAUGGAAUGAUGGGCUCAUUAUUCAGAAGUGGAAGUAGACAAACAUUUUUCAGCAGUCAAGUUGUAAGAUAUGCUGACCUUUAUGCAGCAACUUUUCUUAAUCUUAUUUAUUAUCCAUUUUCAUACAUGUUUCGUGCACCAGCAAUGCUGAUGCCACAUGAAAGCACUGUAGCUCAUGAGCAACGUUUUGUAAUGGAAACCCCAAUGAUUAGUAGAUCACGAACUUUUAAACUCACUGACGAAGAUGAAGAGCAGAACAAUAUUAUGACUAAAUCAUUAGAAACUGAAAAUAAUGGUGCAAUUCCACAUGCAAGACCAGAAACGCCGCGUAAUGUUACACAUACACAUGAUGAAGAUUGCAGCGAUGAGGAUAGUGACUCACAAAAACAAAAUCCAUCGAGAUCAUCAAAGAAAAUUGACAGUAAUUAAUACAAAAUUAAAGAAAAAAAAGUUCAUCAUUUUAUGAACCAUCUACGUGUUUGAGCUGUAGAAAUCUCAAACAAAACUUAUGUAGAAGCACAAUCAGAGACUGAGAUAGCUAAAAUCAAGUUUAAGUUAGUUUAAAUGAUCUUAAACAAUGAAUAGUUCAAUCGUUAAAGUUGAUUUGUUGCUAUAAUUUAAAAACAAAAUAAUGCGUUUAAAUAUAUAUCUAUUCAGCUUUUACGUUAAUUAAAAUUAAUUGACUAUUUUGACACCAGUUAUUAAACACUUAUUGUAUAUAUCUUGUUGUUAACUAAGAUUAUUUAAAAUACAUCGAACUUAGUGUUUUUACUAGCAAAAAAAAAAAAAAAAGAAAAGAGAGAUUAAAAAGGUGCCUAAUCAUAGCUAUCAUGAUAACAAUCAUUAAACAAUUUUAUUCUAUGUUUAAUAAGCUCACUAUUUCAGUCUAAUCUGUUAAAAAAAUAAAUCUUCCCUACUUAAAAAAUGUUCAAAUUGACGAUAAUGUUAUAAAAAAAUAAAUUCAGCCAAUGUUAUUCUAUGUUAGUUUACUAACUCAUGCUCGAAAUCCACUUUUAUUAUAUAAUACAUAUUAUUAUUUUAUGUAAAUAAAUGACAUUUAAAAACUACAUAAGUUUAUAGAAAAAAUUAAUAAAUUUGUUUGAUUUUUUUUUACUUUAAGAUAAAAUAUUAUAUACGUAUAUAUAAGCCUCACUUUUUUAUCAAUAUAGAAAAUAAAUUAUUAAAAUUAUCAUUGCUCAAAAUAUUAUAAUUAAGCUUGAGCAUUUUUAGGUUUAUCAAAAUUAUACGUAUUUUUCGAAAUUGUUAGCAGAAUAAAAUUGUAAAUUUAUAUGUAUAUACAUACAUUAAUUAGUUUUACUAAUUUACAUCUACAUAAUUUGAUAAUUAGUAAGCCCUAAUAAAGAUAAUUUUAAAUACAGGAUUUUUUCAACUCAAUAAUCAUUUAGGAUAACAAAUGUUUGCAAUAUAGUUUUCUUGAAUAAAAUAUUCGUAAGAAAAAUUACAAUUAAAUAUGUCAAUCACACGAGUAUGGUAAAGUUAAUGCUAGUAAUUAGGGAAAAUAUUUAUGUACCGUAUUAUUGUAAUAACACUUUGAAUAAUCAUAAAUUUAUAGUUGAAUUGUAUCGUGAUGUUCUUAUAAAGUAACAUUAUAUUAAAAAAGUGGAA